AUGCUCACUUGGCCUUGCGACUAUCCCGGUUGUCAGCUUCGAUCCAUCCCCCAAACCGGCGACUGCCGAAUUUGUUACAAGCGUUUAUGCAAAAUUCACGCUUUCGAGCCUUACCACCCUUGUCUCGAGCUUGAUGAGGAUGAACGUGAUGCGAGGGAUUACGCAAAUUCCGAAGCUGCUCGUACUGAACUCCUCGAAAUCGUCAGAAACGCACAUCUCGACAAAAUCGCUUCUUCCAUGCGAAACGGUCAUGGUUGUACCAUCGACAUCCCCAACAGUGGAGAAGCAGUCUUGGAAGGUGGGGUGAAUCUUCAUCUCAUCCUUACGUUCGAUGAUGGUAAAAAGUGGUGUGCGAGAAUUCGAAAACGCAAUAUCCUUGCGCCAACAUCAGCUAUCAGAUCAAUGGAGAAUCAAAGUGAGAUAGCAUCCAUGAAGAUCUUGAAUCGAAUUACGAACGGGAUUGUACCGAUGGUAUAUGAGAUCCCAAAAGAUCUUCAACCCAACACUGAUGAACUCGACUUCUUCUUCAUGGAUUUCGUCCCGGGUAAACCAUUGAAUGCACCAAUUCUGAAUGGAGAGGAGACUCCGGAGCAGAUGGAUCAGGCAGUGCAUGAUUACGCUCUCUUCCAAAUCAGUCUCAAAUCCCUUUCUUUCGACUCCAUCGGAUCCUUAUACCCUGCACCUUCCGAUCUCAAGCCUAAACCAGAUACAUCCCCAGUCGUAGUCGGACCCUUGCUCUCCUUCUACCUUCGUUUCGAUGAAGCACCUCACUUCGUCGGACCUUUCAAGAGCAACAAGGAAAGAUACUUGUCAUCCAUUGAUCUGGUCUUGGGAAAGAUUCGAGAAGGAAUAUUCUAUCCCGAGAUUGCACGUUUUGCGUACCUCGCGCAUUUAGAACUGAAAGAUAUGGUCAAUCGAUAUGAUCACUGGGAAACAUGUGAAGAUGGAAGGUUCUAUUUCAAACAUGGAGAAGAUAAGGGAGAUCAUAUUAUGAUAGAUGAAGACGGGCAUAUCACUGGAGUGUUAGAUUGGGAAUGGGCGUAUGUGACUUCUAAAAGUGAAGCGUUCGGCUCAUGCAAUGCUUUCAUGGAUCCGAAAACUUUUUGGCAUGGUAACAACUCUUUAUCACGACUUGAGCUCAGAUUGAUCGAAGAAUAUCAGACGCUUGGACAUCCCGAUUUAGCCGAAUGCGUGAAGUAUGGCAGGUUAUAUCAAUGCUUGGAUGUAUUAGUGGGUCGUUACCCGGAUUUGGACUUCUUGAAUGGUAUCCGAGAGAUAGUCACAGGUGAUCAACACUCCUUCUGUGAUACGGACGAGUACAUCAAUUGGGCUGAUGAUAAGUAUGGAAGUGAUGAAGAAUAUCAGAGAUUGAUCUUGAAAAGCAGUAACUGUCGCUUGGAAGGCUAG